AUGGCUCUCAGCAGAGUUGCAAUGGGCUUCCUAGGCCUGUUCUUCACGGCCGGUGCUCUUCUGUUGAUGUUCCUGACUUUGUUGGGCGGAGCGAGAAACUCGCGGCCCUUGAACGAAAUCUUCUUCCUGCAGGUCGACACAAGCAAUAUCCCAGGUGCCCCAUCCCUAUCUCGCUGGACGUUCUGGGAGAUAUGUGCAGUGACGGCGAAUGGAAAGAAUCUAUGCGGAUCGUCGUACCCAGACUUCCCAUUUGAUCCUCCGAGCCACCGCAACUUUGACACCACUCAGAACAUUCCCUCUGCUUUCAUUGGCACGAACCACUACUUCCUGACAUCUCGGUUCUCGUUCCCCUUCCUCAUCAUCGCGCUAUUCUUUGGCGUGGUGUCGCUGUUCACUGGGUUCCUGGCCAUGUGCACGCGCAUUGGCAGCUAUGUAUCUUCGCUCAUGGCUUGGAUCGCCUUGGUUUUCCAGAUCAUCACGACUUGCCUCAUCACGGCUGUUUACGUCCAGGGCCGCAACAAGUUCAACGCCAAUGGCCAGAGCGCCAGCGUGGGUGUUAAGGCUUUCGCUUUCAUGUGGACUGCUGUGGCUUGCUUGAUGCUUGCAUGCAUGUUCUAUUGCAUGGGUGGUGCUGUCGGACGCAAAGAAAGAGGAUACAGUGGCCGUGAGCACCGCCGGCGCGGUUUCUUCUCGUCCGCACGCUCAAACAGCGUAAGAAGCAACAAGGAGACUGCGCCAUAA